UCAUUAGCUCUGUUUAUUUUGGUUUUAGAAGCGACGAUGCUGAGUUCGUCUGCCAUGAGGGUCUGGCCGCUGUGAAUUCCUGUCAAAAUUCCAUCCAAAUAAUGAGUGGGAAGAGAGACAAGGCUCAGAAAAAAAUAGCAAGAUGUCUUGCUAUACUUCAGCGAGAUUUGCCAGACAUUCAGGCAUCAGAAACUCCAACAAAGUUUCUCUUCAUAGGAAAUGCUGGGUUAACCACCAAUGCAGAUGAAUCCUCUUUGAUCGAGUUGAUAAGGAAAACAGGAACCAGUGUAGAAGCCAUAAUGCUAUUACCAAGCAAGCAGUAUAGCUUUGCCUGCUUUGCCUCUGAGGACCAAGCCAAACAGGCAUUUGAAUAUGCUCAUGGGCAUGUGGACACCCCAGGAGCCUCUUCACCUGUGUAUAUGGCUUACGUUGAUAAAGUGCCUCCCAGGCCAGCUCAGCAACACUCUCCCCCACCAGGACUUCAAAUUGUGGAAAAUUUUAUAUCGGAAAGUGAGGAGGACAUGUUGCUUAAUCUCAUUGACUGGGGAGAACAACCAGGAGAUAAGGCGGAAGGAAGUUUACUGAAACACCGUCAAGUGCGGCACUUUGGCUAUGAGUUCAAGUAUGGCAGCAAUUCUGUGGACAAGGAACCACUGCCGUUUGGUAUACCUGAACCUCUGAGUGGCAUAGUUAGGAGGAUCGUUGAGCAAGGAUGGAUGCCUGUUCCCCCCGAUCAGCUGACCAUUAAUAGAUAUCUCCCAGGACAAGGUAUACCACCUCAUGUGGACACCCACAGAUCCUUCACAGAUGAGAUACUUUCCUUGAGUACAGGUGGGGGUGUCAUAAUGGAUUUCCGACUUGUAGUGUCUGAUAAACCGCAACACCGUACUAUGUAUCUACCAUCAAGAUCUCUUUGUGUAAUGGCUGGACCUGCAAGGUAUGAAUGGACACAUGGAAUUUGCCCCCGCAUGACAGAUGUUGUACCAGGAAGGAAUGGCAUUGCGGGGCUGCAUCUGUGUCCUCGUCAGGAACGGAUAUCUUUUACCUUUAGAAAAGUUAGAGAAGGAGAAUGCCUUUGUGGUAAUAGAAGAGUAUGUGACUCAGUCAUACAGAAUUCAAGCUACAACCCAAACAGUGGUGCUACUUCAGCUGAUUUUAUCUCGGAUGAUGUUCAAGCCAUGAGACUAGAGCAACAGCAUGUCCUUCAAGUAUAUGAUCAAAUUGCUGGACAUUUUAGUGCAACACGACACAAGCCAUGGCCAAAUGUGUUAGAGUUUGUAACCUCAUUACCAUCAGGAGCUGCAUUGCUUGAUGUUGGUUGUGGAAAUGGCAAAUAUCUUGGGCACAACGAGAAAAUAUUUCAGAUGGGAUGUGACACCAGCUAUGAAUUAGUCAAGAUUUGCAAUACUCGUGGAUUCGAAGUAUUGACCUCCAAUUGCCUGCAGUUACCUUUUAGGGAUUCUACCUUUGAUGCUGUUAUAUGUAUAGCAGUUAUACAUCAUCUUGCAAGUGUGGAGCGUCGACUGGCAUCCCUAAAGGAAAUGGCACGUGUCCUUAGAAUAGGUGGGAAGGGUCUGGUGUAUGUGUGGGCCAUGGAACAACAGAGAGGAAAAAAGAAAUCGGCUUACCUUAAACAAAAUAAAGCUAACCAGAAGGAGGAAGAGAAUGGUGAAAAUGUGGGUUCAAAUACUACUUAUGAUAUGGACAUAAAUAGUGGGAAAAGUGACGAUUUCUCUUCAAGACUUAAGGAGGUAAUGCAGGAGUCACCAAAAUCUCCUGCAUUAAAGGAUGUGCCACUUCCUGUCCAUGUCAACCGGACAGAAUUUGUUCAGCAGGACAUGUUAGUGCCUUGGAAAUUAAAACCACAGAUAAAGAAAGAGGCAAAAGAAAAGGGGAAAAACAAGAAAUCUGAUAAUAGAAGCAAUAAAAAAUCAGACAAUGACAAGUCAAAUAUUGUUUGUGAUGGAGUUUCACAAAAUUUAGACAAAGAUGAUCAACCAUCCAAACUAGUUGAAAGUAUACAAGGAAACUCAAAUACGGCAGCAUCAGAUUCAUGUGAGACAACAGUGGAAGGUCAGGAACCGAUUUUCCAUAGGUACUACCAUGUAUUUAAACAGGGGGAGCUCGAAACUUUGUGUGGUAAAAUAGAAGGGUUAACGGUUGUAAAAUCUUAUUAUGAUGAAGGAAACUGGUGUGUCAUUUUUGAGAAAUCUGGUUGAGAACUGUGAUAAUUAGAGAAUAUUAGAGAAAAAGAAUCAGAGGAUUGUAUAUGAUUUUUAACUCCACUUUUUAUAUGUAUGCAUGGAAAUAUUUAAAGAGAUGGACAUGCUCCAUUUAUUCUUGUCUAUUUACACCUUUGUUUAGAAAAGAAAGUUUCUGAGAAGAAGGACA